GACGUCUCUUUCCAGGAAGUAGAAAGGGGAGAGAGAGCGGAGAGCCGCUCGAACACAAGUCAAACAUAACAAUGUCCUUAACCGUUUUGACGUCGGCUUACGGGCACAGGUUGAGGUCCCUCUGCAGACUGCAGCGAAUCCAGGGACACAUGAUGUCCAGUCGGGUGGAACCAGGGGUCCUCCUGGAGAAAGUGGGCAGCGCAGGUGUGAUCACCAUAAACCGACCCAAGGUCCUGAACGCCCUCGACAUGACCAUGGUCCGACAGAUCUACCCUCAGCUCAAGAAAUGGGACAAUGACGAUGAGAUUGACAUUGUGAUCAUCAAAGGAGCAGGUGGAAAAGCCUUUUGUGCUGGUGGAGACAUCAGAGCGGUCACAGAAGCAGGGAAAGCCGGAGACCCUCUGGCGGAGGACUUUUUCCGUGAGGAAUACAUUCUCAACAAUGCUAUUGGAGAGUGCAGGAAACCCUACAUCGCCCUUAUUGAAGGAAUAACAAUGGGAGGGGGCGUGGGUCUGUCGGUUCACGGGCGGUUUCGAGUGGCCACUGAGAAGACGCUGUUCGCCAUGCCGGAGACGGCCAUUGGGCUUUUCCCCGACGUGGGAGGCGGAUUUUUUCUGCCUCGGCUCCGCGGGAAGCUGGGAAUGUUCCUCGCCUUGACGGGCUUCCGUCUCAAGGGACGCGACGUGCAGAGAGCUGGCGUCGCCACCCACUUUGUAGAGCGAAAGAAGAUCCCAGAGCUGGAGAAGGAGCUGGUGGGCUUGAAGUCUCCCUCUGCCGAAGACGUCUGCAGAGUGCUGGAUUCGUACCAGCAGCAGAGCAGCCUCGAUUCGGACAAGCCGUUCGUGUUGGAGGAACACAUGUCUGCUAUUGACAGGCUGUUCAGCUCCAGCAGUGUGGAGGGCAUCGUGCAGAACCUGGAGGCGGACGGCUCCGAGUUUGCCAGCAAACAAGCUGAGACGCUGUCCAGGAUGUCUCCCACGUCCCUGAAAAUCACCCAUAAGCAGCUGCAGGCGGGCGCAACCAUGAGCCUGCAGGACGUGUUGGUGAUGGAGUAUCGACUGAGCCAGGCCUGCAUGAGGGGCUGCGACUUUUACGAAGGCGUCCGAGCCGUGCUGGUCGACAAGGACCACAGUCCCAAGUGGAACCCGUCCACGCUGGAGGAGGUGACCCAGCAGACCGUGGACCAGUGCUUCUCCUCGCUGGGGGAGAAGGACCUCACGUUCUGAUGCCGCCCCCCCCCCCCCCCCCCCCCACCCCCCCC